AUGUGAAUGGUCUAUGGCUUGCGCUGAAAAAAAUCUAAAAUGAUUUCUACUUCAUCAAAAAAAUUUAAAUAACCUUGCACGAUUAUUUAAAACUAACAGAAGUGUUAUUGUUGAAUCAUAUAAUUUUCAGUAUCGUACUUAUUUUCAAUAUGUAUCAUAUUACGAGAUGAAUAUUGUUAAAACUGGUAGUGGCACUGAUUUUCAAAGUGAAAAGGUUUUAAGAAUUGUCGCUAUUUAAAUGUAAAUACAAUGGAACCAGGGAAUUCAGCGGUAACCGACGAGUCUAAGGACGCUUUCAGCUACAUAAAUGAGCGUCCGGUUGAUGAUAUAUCAUUGGAGUUUUUUUACAAACCACAUACCAUAACCUUGCUAGCAGUAUCAAUUGCUGCAGUAAUCUAUACAGCGUUUGUCAGGGAUGAAACUAGUACGCAAGAUAACUUAUGGGCUGGUAUAUGCUGCGUAAUUUUCUUCUUUCUCAUAAUAUCAGUACUUACAUUUCCUAAUGGACCAUUUACUAGACCCCACCCUGCUAUUUGGAGAAUUGUUUUUGGCAUGUCAGUGCUUUACUUACUGGCUCUCCUCUUUCUUCUAUUCCAAAGUCACUCUACAGUAUAUGAGAUAAUGUAUUGGAUAGACCCUAAUUUACGCAAUUUCCAUAUUGAUAUGGACAAGGAAUAUGCAGUUAAUUGCUCUGAUAUCAGUUUACCCAGGAUUUGGUCACAUGUGGAUGUAUUUGCAUGGGGCCAUUUUUUCGGCUGGAUGUUUAAAGCUAUACUGUUUCGACAUACAGGCUUGCUCUGGGCCAUUUCUAUUAUGUGGGAAAUAACAGAAAUAGCAUUCGCUCAUUUGCUUCCAAAUUUUUUGGAAUGCUGGUGGGAUUCUGUUAUAUUAGAUGUCCUAGUUUGUAAUGGUUUGGGGAUAUGGGUUGGUUUAAAAAUUUGUAAAGCUUUGGAAAUGAGAGAAUACAAAUGGGUUAGCAUAAGGGACAUCUCUUCAACAACAGGGAAGAUUAAAAGAGCAAUACUGCAAUUUACACCAGUUCAUUGGACACCCGUACGAUGGCUUGAUCCCACAUGUACUUAUAUGAGAUUUUUUGCACUCGGACAACUUGUGGUAUUUUGGCAAAUUUCCGAACUGAACACAUUCUUUUUGAAACAUAUAUUUGAAAUGCCACCUUCUCAUCCAUUAGUUAUUGCCAGAUUAUGCUUAAUUGGUGUUAUUGUUGCUCCUUCAGUAAGACAGUAUUAUACCUAUGUUACGGAUCCAAGAUGCAAGAGGGUAGGAACUCAGUGUUGGGUAUAUGGAGUCAUUAUGGUGACAGAAUCCAUGUUGUGUGUCAAGAAUGGCAAGGAACUAUUUGGGCAAGCACAAGUGUGUAAUGUGAUUGUGUGGCUUGUCAUACAAAUUCUAGUCUCGAUAGGCUGUGUUUAUGGAGUUGUGCUUUAUCAUCAAUAUUUUGAGCCAAACAAGGAAAUAGCUGCUGAUAGUCCAAAAAAAGAGAAAUAAGCGUUUUCUAAUAGAUAACGACAAUGAACGUUGGCAGAAGCUAUACCUUUCUUAUUCCUGUGUGUUUACAUAUUAUAUAUCUACUUACGUUAAUAUAAAUGCAAUACGAGACUGAGGUUAUUGUUAAGCAACCAAAAUAAAUAACAUAGAAAUGAGAUCAAUCUAUUGUAUAUCAGAACUUUUGGGAACUUAAAUACUUAACCCAACAGCUGGUGACAUACGGAGUAAGUAAAAUUGGUGUCAAUUCUGUUGCACCAAAAAAUUCUAAACUAAAUUGACAGGUCUAAAAGAAGAGGAUCCUUGUCACAAUGGUGCCAAUUCUGUAAACUAAGCUAAACUAACAAGUCUGAUGAUAGUGCUAUCUUUUUUACAGUGUUCUUUCUCUGUGGAAAAGUAUAGUACUUUUUUCAGACCUAAAGUAAAUAUUGUAGAUCAAAAGAUCGUAUCUCCACUUUUGUUUCAAUUGCUACAGUUUCAUGUAUUUAAAUAAAAGUAAGUUGUAAGUAAAACUUUAAGGCUUCUCUCAGAACCUUCAGAAAUAGAUUGUGGAAAUCAAAAUCAGGUAUGUAAAAUCAAAAACAGGUAUGUAAAAUCAAAAACAGGUAUGUAAAAUCAAAAACAGGUAUGUAAAAUCAAAAUUAGUACAUUAUGAUGCUAGUGUGCUUUAUUGAUACAAAAUAAUAAAAUAGGCACAUAUUACUGGAUUUCUAUAUAUUUCAUUAUUUUGAAAGAAACUCACAUAAAUGUUGUUGACUGACAGUACGGCAGCACAUAAUGAAGUUUCUGAAGCAUUUCUUUGUUUUCAUGUGGGCACAUUAUUCUUAUGUGUGUAAAACAUACAUUAUAAGUGAAUGCAAAAAAAUUUAGACACAUAAAUUAUUUUCUGACCAACAAUUGUAGCGUCUCCAAUCUGGUCUUGCCCGACUGCUUUUGGAGGCACAUUUCGAGCAAAUCCUUUGCACUUCUUGGCUUAAAUGAUAAAACCCUAGUUUUAUACCCAUUUUGCAAAUGGUCAUAGUAACCAUCAGACGAAAAUCUGCUGAUGAUGAGCGACCUUUUAUAAUGUGUGUAGAACCCGUUUGUAAAGUAACAAUGUUUUGGCUAUCGUGAGAUCCAAAUUAUUAUAAAACAGCCACACAGGCCAUCGUAUCGUAUUAAGUAAGAUACACAUGAUUCUGUCAAUUAGGUCAACACCUCCUUCUAUGGCGACUGUACUCAUCAACUACUUUAUAGGCACAUUAGCUGUGUCCGCGUAUAUUGUAUUUAAACUGUACCGUUAUUUUUUUUUUAAGUUAUCAGAUUUAAAAGUACGUUAUUUCUUGUAUGCAAUCAAUCUAACUAUGUACAAAGGUUUGGCAAUUGAGCUAAACAAGGGUAACAUAAUCUUACUACAAAAUACAUAGGUUCAAUUAUUCAAUUGAUUUUUUGCGUAUAUAAUAAUUUUAAUAUAGCUAUGUCAUAACUGCAACUUAUCAUCACUGCAAUUUAACUGCAUCUUGGUCUCGUAUUGUAGUUUAAGCAAACCAAAUAUUAUUUAUUUUUAGCUAUAAACUAGUUAGCUCGUAAUAUUGUCUGCGGGUUUAAGAUAAAAAGACAGUCGUAACUAGGAUGGUCGGCGUCUAUAGGUUAGUGUAGUCAUUUUACGCAGUGUGAAUUUUGAAAAAGUAGGCGCCAUACAGCCAUAAUACGGGUCAUUUAUACUUUACGAAGAAAGUUGGAAAAGUUGGAACAAAUACAUUUUUGUUGAACUUGUGGUUUACACUUCAAUUAAAUAUUUUCUCUUAAUAUAUCCGAUUUUCCCAUCCGAUCGCCUAAAACUAGAAUAUUUAAAAAUAGUUCCAUUGUAAAUAUUAAGAUAUUUAAAGUAUAAACCAGGAAGUAUAUGAUUUGCAGUCUGGAAUGCAAAUAAAAUCGUUGAAAAUAAUUUUUGUUGUGUUAAAAUGUUUAAAACAAUGCCCCAAAUGAGCCCUAUAGAGAAAAAAAAAAUGAAUUUUGAGAUGGUUAAAUUCUAUUUAUCAAUGAGUUGUACCUAUACCUGUAAAAGUAAUAUGUGGCGAUGCGUCCCUCUAUAUUUUAUAGUAAUUUUCCUCAUAGUAAAACCAUAAAAAUUUUUUCACUGUGCCUAUGUACACAGGCCUUCAUGUUGCCAGUUUGUGUGUGGAUAACUUGUGACAUUAGCAUAUCGCAUAUUGGUAACGCAAACCUGUAAGUUUUUCCUCUACAUAAUAUCGCACAUCGCGUCUCAAAAAGUUUUCACUUCAAAUAAAUAAAACAAGAAUGUUAAAAUCAAUUUUUUAAGUGGUUAGCUAUAUAGUUAGCCGUUGCUGACAGGUCGUAAUCGAAUGGACGAUAUAAUUUAAUUGUUUAUUUGCCCUACUAAUGAUUACUAAUGAUUGAUAUUAAAACUCUAUCAACUUUCUUAUAGUUUUGAAAAAUCAACGAUAAAUAAAUAAAAAAAACUAUUUUUUAUUUCAUUCAAACUCCGCUGUUACAAGGUUAUGUCAAAUGCUUAGUAAAUGUAUUAUUUAUGACCAACGGACAGAAAACAGAAACGCAUUCUUUUACCGACUGGAUGGACUGGAGGAACUGAAUUGAAAUGAUAGGAAUAGGCAUGGUAAUUUACUUUGAAAACUGACCUAGUAUGUUCAUAUGUAUCUACUAUAUACAAAGAAAAUCUUAUUUUUCCAGAUUUUUUUUCUUUUAUUUGGGGCAUUGUUCAGCGCGUAUUGUAUUCAGUUUCUGGCGUUGCGCUUGUUAACUCAUUCCGUCAGCUACCGUCAUUCAAUCAAUUAAACUCAAACCCUCAUCACGAAUUAAUUGAUCUAGUCCGCGGCAGUCGUAUCCAAUAUAACUGAUAUCUACCCGAAUGUCUUCAAACUAUUUGGACUACAAAGUAGAUCUAACCGAUGGUUGCCUUGCUGAUUGAACUGUGCAAGCAUAACUGAACGUGUGUAUGACACAUUAAUUCAUGCCUGCGCAAGCAAAAUUAAAGUAAAGAAAUAUAUUAUAUAUAUAUACUAGCUGUUGCCCGCGACUU